AUGCUUCUUCAAAUCACUCUUUUCCUUUUGUGCUUUCGAUUUUCAUCCGGGGAAAUACAACGCGAAAAUCGAACAGUGGCAAUCUUCGAAUUGUUAAACGAUGUCUUUGCUGAAUAUCUGACUGUUAGUGAGAAUGAGGCGACACCAGUGAAAACAUUGGAAGGGAUUUGUAUCGAUUCUGAUCUCGGCUCGCGGCCCCCAGAGAGCGCUCCAUUCGAUUUCAGCUCAGCACUCGUCACUUCGUUACAAAACCCAAAAAAGUUCACGACUUCAGUUGAUAAAGUCGGCCCGUGUUGGCCGUUGCUUUUGGUGAGAACGGUCAGAAUUCUUUUAUUCGAAGAUGAACUGUUGGAGGAAAGCGAUUUGAAGGAUUUGGAUGACGUUGUCGCUCAAAUGAGAGCUCCCUAUUAUCAAACGAAAUCCGAUUCGGAUCGAUGGCUGAUCGCUCAGCGAAUCGCUCGAACGCUCACCUUUGAAAUGCCGAGGAAUCAUGCGACGGGAAAGCUAAUCUCACAUCUUCAAAAAGUCACCUCGGCGACGAAAGAUGAAAGGGAAUUCUUGACGGGAAUCGUCGAUCUCAUCGGACUCAUGUUUCAUUAUAAGAUGGAUACGAAAAAAUGUGGGUUU